AGAAGCGCACCUCUUCCUCUCACCUUUUCUGCCAGCGCUGCUACUGCCCCUCUAGUACCCCUGCUGCUGCUGAGAGAGAAAAAUUACAUCCGGACCCAUGCAGCCGGCAAUGAUGAUGUUUUCCAGUAAAUACUGGGCAAGAAGAGGGUUUUCCUUGGAUUCAGCAGUGCCUGAAGAGCAUCAGCUACUUGGCAGCUUAACACUAAAUAAAGCUAGUUCUAGCAAAAAUGAUGACAAGAAAGGCAACAAAGGAAGCAGCAAAAGUGAAACCUCCGCUGAGAGUGGCAAGACGGCUGUCAUAUUUUCCUUGAAAAAUGAAGUUGGUGGAUUGGUAAAAGCACUGAGGCUCUUUCAGGAAAAACAUAUCAACAUGGUUCAUAUUGAAUCCAGGAGAUCCCGGCGAAGAAGUUCUGAGGUUGAAAUCUUCGUGGACUGUGAGUGCAGUAAAACAGAAUUCAGCGAGCUCAUUCAGUUGCUGAAAUUUCAAACCACCAUUGUAACGCUGAAUCCACCCGAGAACAUUUGGACAGAGGAGGAAGAGCUAGAGGAUGUGCCUUGGUUCCCCCGGAAGAUCUCCGAGUUGGACAGAUGCUCUCACAGAGUUCUCAUGUAUGGUACUGAGCUUGAUGCUGACCAUCCAGGAUUUAAGGACGAUGUCUAUCGACAGAGAAGAAAGUAUUUUGUGGAUGUGGCCAUGAGUUAUAAAUAUGGUCAGCCCAUUCCCAGGGUGGAGUACACAGAAGAAGAAACUAAAACUUGGGGUGUUGUAUUCCGGGAGCUCUCCAAACUCUAUCCCACUCAUGCUUGCCGAGAGUAUUUGAAAAACUUCCCCUUGCUGACUAAAUACUGUGGCUACAGGGAGGACAAUGUGCCUCAACUUGAAGACGUGUCUUCAUUUCUAAAAGAGCGCUCUGGCUUCAUGGUGCGGCCCGUGGCUGGCUACCUGAGCCCAAGGGACUUUCUGGCAGGACUGGCCUACAGAGUGUUCCACUGCACUCAGUACGUCCGGCAUGGCUCAGACCCUCUCUACACUCCAGAACCAGACACAUGCCAUGAACUCUUGGGGCACGUUCCACUCCUUGCUGAUCCUAAGUUUGCUCAGUUUUCACAAGAGAUAGGUCUGGCAUCUCUGGGAGCAUCAGAUGAAGAUGUUCAGAAACUUGCCACGUGCUAUUUCUUCACAAUUGAGUUUGGCCUUUGUAAGCAAGAAGGGCAACUGCGGGCCUAUGGAGCAGGACUACUUUCCUCCAUUGGAGAAUUAAAGCAUGCUCUUUCUGACAAAGCAUGUGUAAAAGCCUUUGACCCGAAGACAACCUGCUUACAGGAAUGCCUUAUCACAACCUUCCAGGAAGCCUACUUUGUUUCAGAAAGUUUUGAAGAAGCCAAAGAAAAGAUGAGGGACUUUGCAAAGUCAAUCACCCGUCCUUUCUCAGUAUACUUCAAUCCCUACACACAGAGUAUUGAAAUUCUGAAAGACACCAGAAGUAUUGAAAAUGUGGUACAGGACCUCCGCAGUGAUUUGAACACAGUGUGUGAUGCCUUAAACAAAAUGAACCAAUAUCUGGGGAUUUGAUACCUGGAACCAGUGUUGUUGCCAGCAUGAUCUUUUGGGGUUUAGCAACAGUUUGGUCAACGUCAUGUACCACCGAUAAUUUUUUGUAUCAUGGCUUGGCUAGUAAGCAUGCAAUUCCAUAUAGCUAUACCUACUUGUAACCUACUGUGUUAAUGUAUGGAAUGCCAUACAGACCCCAAUGGUAGAUAGUCACUUACUGUUUGAAAGAUGUUUACAAUAUGUUUAAAUGUCUAAGUAUAUUUGACAUUCCUUCCUAGUGUUCUUAAUUGAACCGUUUCCUUAAAAUUUGUAGCAAGUAGCACUCUGUUAUUUGCGCCUAUGACCUUUUCUGCUUUGGACCCGAGCUUUCCCUCUGUGUUUGUUCGUUAGAUAAAAUGAAAACAACGGUGAAGCGGUUUUUAUUUUCAGCGGUUUUUAUUUUCAGUAGUAUCAGUGUUUUCAUCACAUAAUUUGAGAUAAUCCGGAGUUGUAGGAAACUUUCCAUUACAAUAGCAAAUGAUUCAAUAUUCUAAUUCAAAAACUGUUGAGGUAACAGCGUAUUUGGUAUGCUUUUAGGCUGAAUAUUUAUACAAUGCAAGAGAAGGAAACAUUUUACAAACAGGGUAUGUGGGUUGCAUUGACCUUGUAAAAACUGAGUUGCAACAAGCUUCCUGAAGUACUUUGGAAGAUAAUACUUGUGGUAAGAGUAUUAGGAAAGACUACACGGUGGGGAAUACGCCUUGUGACU